AUGCCUUCGCCUCCAAAAAAGGACCAAGAAGACAAAACGGCGAUCCUUAGUUCUGAUGCAGGAAACGGGACAGGAAUGUCUUCGUCCCUGGAAGGGGUCUCGGUCGUGGGCUACGGAGGCAGCAGCAUUCUCAAUAUACGCAGAAAUGACGCAUACACAUGGGCUCGCUUGCAGUGCUGGGAUCUGGUACUGCUUCUGCAACUGGGGACGUUGUGCUUGCCCUCUCUUAUCGCCCCAUCCGAUGCUUCUCUCCCGUCUUACACGUCCAACUACUACGCGUCCAUCUGGCCUCUCUGGGUGCUUGCUUCAGUUCACCUGUCAUGGUGCCUGCUGCUGGGGCUGAUGCUCCUGAGGGACUCGCUACUGCAGCAAAACACCGUCACGCGCGUUCUUGUCCACAUGUCCGAAAUUCAUGCGGUCGCCUUCCUUUUGUUCGUUGUUUCUCUCUCCCAGUGGCUCUCUGCACAUCUCAACACGCGCUUUGUGAUAUUCGUGUCUUCUGGCGUCGUGUGCUUCUUCUUGAUGCUGCUUUUCGCCGCCUUUGUAUCCGUCUGCUUCAUGGCCAACCACACGCAGGCCACUGCAUACGACGUAGAGCAGGGUGCCAACUCCCAGGGGGCCCCCGCAGGUCUCGUCUCCUCAUCAGCAGCAACAGCUAGAGCAGCUGCUGCCGCCAUGGGGCCUCCCCUCAUGUGCGAUAUGAAGCUGACGCUGGAGAGGGUCAGCGAGCACUUCUACAAGAUACGAGGGUCCCCUGAAGAGCCGGGAGAAGUGGCAGCCGUGGCAGAGCAGCCGUUGCCGGGGAACGCACCAACCGAGAGCGGGCGUACUGCCCAGGAGAGAGGCUCGAAAAUCUCCGAAAAUGCUUCCAGGGAAGGUUCCCCGCAAGGUGAAAUCAGCCUCGCGCAGGGACCAAAUCCGGAGAGCUCAGAGACGGGCAUGCAUGAGGGAGUCGAAGGCCUCAUCACAGUACCCACAGCAGCAGCACAUGCAGAUGCUGCAUCACAAGCGGCUGUCGCUAUUGGAGAAGCCGAGGAGGCCCCACAACGCGAAGCAGAGCUGUGCAUCAUCUGCUGCAACAAUGGUGCCGGUGCAUGCAGGAGUGGCCUCUGUCCGACUUGCCGAUGUCCUGUGAAAGGCGUUGUCGAGUUAAAAGGAAACGAAGCAAAUCAGGCGCAACAAACAACGCAACUCGAGGGAGUUGUCAGGGAUGUAGGCAACUGA